AUGAUAAGUAGCAACCAUCAGAAAAUUUUUUAUUGUUUGUUCAAGCUACUUAAUGGGAUUGAUGGAUUGAAUGAUGACAUUCAUGCAGCAAUUGUUAAAUCAAAGGAUAAAACAAAAAUUAACAAUCUUUUUGUAAUCAAUGAUCUUAUGAUACAAGUUGAUACACUUCAAGAGGAUGAGAUAGAUUAUGAACCAAUUUCGGAACUUCUAUUCAAAAAUAAUUCACCUCAAUAUAUUCGAACAAUAGAUUUUCUCAACUACAUAAUAGAUGAACUUAAAAAUUAUUCUAUUCGAGUAUUUUCACCUGAUUUGUCCAAUUUACAAUAUUUUGAUUAUGAUAAAUCGAAAAAUAAUAUUUUAAGCUCAAAAUAUCAAUUUAAGAAUGAAGAAUUCAACCUGUAUAUGAUACUUUCGUGCAAUUACAACCAAAUAAAUCUUGCUAUUCUAGAUGAAAAUAAUAUUUGGAAUAUUUACUCGAAUCAAAACUCUUUAUCGAGUUCUAUUAAUAACAAAAACGCAAGUGAUAAAUUACAAGAACUGAUUCUUGAUGAAAAUCAUACAAAAUUGUUUUAUAAAAAAACAUCUAAUAAUAAUACAGUAUUUUCUGCUCCAACUCAUGUACUUAAGCAUAGAAUUAACAAUGUUUCCAUUUCUCAGUUCUUCGGUGUAGGGAUAGCUCUUAUUGCACUAAUUUUAAUUAUAAAACUAAUAGGAGGAGACCAAUCAUCAUAA